AUGAAUACUUUACAAAGCUUUUUGAGAGUUGAACCUCUUAACCAGAUUACAAUAUCCAGAGUGUUGCAUAAAUAUUGGAAAGAUUGUGGAGUAAAUACCGAAGAAGCGGAUUGCGAGCAUGUUAUAAAAAUUUUGAAAGAGUUAACAGAUGGAGAUAUUGAUGAAAGUCGCAAGCAACAUUUUACGUCAUUGCAAGAUAUAGAGAAGAUACAAUUUAUGUGGAAAGAACUUAAUGCAUUGAUGAAAGAUACCGAUUUAUUCCGACCUAAACAUGACAAACCGAAAUGGAAAACUCGAGCUACAUGUAAUAUUGGUAGCAUGAAGGAAAUUUUACGGCAUCUGCGAAAUGAAUCGCAAACUCAUUUUCAUCUUUUUGAAAUGUUAUGUGAUGCGGAUGUUGAUAAAUUGCUGUGUAAUGAUCCAUUAGUUAAUAGUAUAGUCGAUCUCGGAUCUCCCCGGUUCUCUCUGAAAGAAGAAGAGCAGAAUGUUCUUGCGGGUGAAAGGAGUUCUAUAAAGGGGUUAAGCAUAGGUGCUUUGGUAAGGCAAGUAUGCGCUAAUUUCAUUACAAAGAGGAACGAAAUCAAGCAACGUUAUAGGUUUAUGAUAUUGCCAUCUGAGAAAGUGACCCAUGCGCGUUGGGUUGAACAAGAAUAUGAAAGAGAGCGAGUAGCAAGAAAUAUAACAGAUGAUCUUUUGCUAAAAAUAAAAUCGAAUAUCUUUCGUCGAGUUUCUGAUGGGUCAGAGAAUUCUCUUGUUGAAGCUAUUGCUCACUUAAUCGAGGCUUCUUUGUGCCAGUUACCACUCGAAUAUAACGUUGAUGUGGUUAGAGGUGAAAAACAGAGCAUUGCUAGCAAGAAUCAGAAGGUGUUAGAGGAAAGUGGCUCAAGAGGAGAUAAGCCCGAUCUGAUGAUAAUAGCAUCUUUGAGACGGAAGCAGUAUGAGGUUGCUUAUGUGGAAAGUGGGAAAUGGGAUUCCAAUGAUAAAAAAAUUUGUGAUGAUCAUAACAAGCUUGCGAAACUUUGCUCGGAUGGAUAUAAAGAAAUUGUGAAAGAAAGGUUAAAAAAGGUUUAUAUCGCAUUUGGGGUUAAUAUUGCAGACAAGAAAUUUAUACUUCAUGGGUUGGUGCAAGAAAAGGGUAUAAAAUACUAUUUGCCAAUUGCUAAGGCGAAAAUUCCCUUCUGCGAUGAGUCACUUGAAGAGGUAGAAGAAUUUGUUCAUACUUUGUUGAUUUUACGG